GUAAAGGCAUGGCUACUUUCAUGAAUUAUGUUGCGCGGUAUUGCGUGAUACGUUUAAUGUGUGUGUUUUAACAUGGCAAAAGGUGAUAAGGAAUUUGAGAAACCUAUAGUGAAAGAUGAAUUACCAAAUCCAGAAUGUAGGAACACCGAUAACGAGGAAUCAGAAUCGGUACAGGAACAACAGCCUUUGGAUAUCGGAGAGCAUUAUUUGGUGCGGCGUUCGGAUGAGUCAUGGCACCCGGCGGAGAUAAUACAAACGCGGUACAAUGCCGGCGAGUCCUGUUUCGAGUAUUAUGUCCACUAUGUGGGCUACGAUCGGCGCCUCGACGAAUGGGUUUCCCGCCACAGGGUUAUGUCCGACAGGUUUGACGUUUGCGAACAAUCGAAUAAUAUAAAUUCGGACCAUCUUUUGACCGAUAAAUCGGGUCGUAAAAUAACCCGCAAUCAAAAACGUAAACAUGACGAAAUCAAUCACAUACAAAAGACAUACGAAGAGAUGGACCCGACAACUGCGGCGUUGGAAAAGGAACAUGAAGCAAUCACGAAAGUCAAAUAUAUAGAUCGCAUACAAAUAGGUAAAUAUGAGAUAGACACUUGGUAUUUCAGUCCGUACCCAGACGAGUAUGGCAAACAAUCGAAACUAUGGAUAUGUGAAUUUUGUCUUACAUACAUGAAGAUGGAAAAAACGUUCAGGUACCAUUUGGGUCAAUGUCCCGCAAAACAACCUCAAGGCAGUGAAAUAUACAGAAAGGGGACAAUAGCAAUUUUUGAAGCUGAUGGCAAGGAACAUAAAACUUACUGCCAAAAUCUCUGUUUACUAGCAAAGUUGUUUUUAGAUCACAAAACAUUAUAUUUUGAUAUAGAACAAUUUUUAUUUUACAUACUUUGUGAAGUAGACAAAUACGGAGCCCACCUAGUUGGUUAUUUUUCAAAGGAAAAAGAUUCACCGGAGGGUAAUAAUGUAGCUUGCAUACUUACAUUACCACCAUACCAAAGACAAGGUUAUGGAAAGUUUCUAAUUGCAUUCAGCUAUGAGCUGUCGAGGCUAGAACAAGUGGUGGGUAGUCCGGAGAAACCAUUAUCUGAUUUGGGGAAGCUAAGUUAUAGAUCAUACUGGUCAUAUGUGUUAUUGGAAGUGUUAAGUGUCAGCAGAGGUACAUUAAGUAUAAAAGAUCUAAGUCAAAUGACUGGAAUAUCCCAAACUGAUAUAAUAACCACCUUACAGUGCAUGAAUAUGGUGAAGUAUUGGAAAGGACAGCAUGUAAUUUGUGUUACACCAAAGAUAGUGGCGGAACAGCUAGCUAGUCCCCAUUUUAAGAAGCCUCGGUUGUGUGUAGAUAGAUCUGCAUUACGUUGGUCGCCGCCCAACAAACAAGGCAACUCUGCAAAGGCUAAAAAGUAGUACAGGCUCACAGGCAGGGCUUAGAGAAUGUUUGUAAUUUUAUUUCUUUAUAACUUUCUCUAGGCACAAGCCUGUUUAUUUAAAAAAAUCUAACUUCAAUAUACAGAAAGCUUUUAAACAAUUAGAGUGAAAGUAUUAUAAUUAAUUUCUGACAAAUACAUACUAUUAAUAGAA